AUGUCUUCUCAGCAGCAGAAGAUGCCCUGUACUCCACCUCCCCAAGUUCAUCAGCAGCAGGUGAAACAGCCCUGCCAGCCACCUCCCCAGGAGCCAUGCCACCCCAAGGUUCCAGAGCCAUGCCACCCAAAGGUUCCAGAGCCAUGCCACCCAAAGGUCCCAGAGCCUUGCCACCCUAAGGUGCCAGAACCUUGCCAUCCUAAGGUCCCAGAGCCAUGCACCACCAAGGUCAUUCCACCUCCAGCUCAAGAGAAGUGCCCACAGGUCCCCAAGACCAAGCAGAAGUAA